AUGGGCUGCAACGCCAUAGUGGAGUUGCUGCUUAGCCGUGGUGCACAAGUGGACAGUGUUGACAAGGAUGGUGACACGCCCCUGUCAGGGGCAAUAUUUCAAGGGCAUCCAAGCACCGUGGAGCUGUUGCUGAAGGGUGGUGCAACCAUGGACAGACAAAACGAG